AGUAUAAAACAGUGUUUUGUGUGUUCAGGUCUGUUGGAGGAGUUCAGUAACUGGUUGACCAGGAGUCCUGCUCUGCCCUCUCACCUGCUGCGCUUCAUGACACACCUGGUGUUGUUCUACCGCAGUCUGGGCAUGCAGCUCAAGGAGGAGGUAUCAGUGGAUGUCCUGAAGGCCUACAUCUCUCUGUUGAUGAGGGAGAAGCACGUUGAUCUGAUAGCCUUCUAUGUCAGUCACCUGCCGCCAGACCUGGCCACCGCCCAGUACGCUCUCUUCCUGGAGGAGGUCACCGAAGCUGAGCAGAGACAACACUGUCUGGAGCUGGCCAGGGAGGCAGGUCUGGAUGUGGCAGCAGUCACUAAGAUGGUGGUGGAGAACAUCAGAGAGAGAGACACUGAGGAGUUUGCUCAUCAUGACCUCACCCCUGCACUGGACACUGGCACCUCAGCGGAGGACCAGAGGAAGAUCGAUGUGAUUGAUUGGCUGGUGUUUGACCCCGCCCAGAGGGCUGAGGCCCUCAAACAGAGCAACGCCAUCAUGAGGAAGUUCCUGGCCUGUAAGAAACACCAUGCAGCUAAGGUGGUGUUCGCUAAGGUCCCCGAGGACUCCAUGAGGGAGAUCUACCGCCAGUGGGAGGAGCUAGGCCUGGACACGCCCCUUCCCGCGGAGGAUGAGAACGCCAUCAGGGAACACCUGUGCGUCCGCGCUUACCUGGAAGCUCAUGAGGCGUUUAAUGAGUGGUUCCAUCACAUGAACUCCCCCCCUCAGAAGCCCAGCCUGCCGGCUCAGGCCAAGUUCACUGAGAAGGUGGCCUACGAGAUGAAGGAGAAAGAGUACCAGCUGGAACAUGACAGCUGGACCGGCCGUCUGGAGGCUCUGACUGAAGACGUGAAGGAGAGGAUCUACAACGUCCUGCUGUUUGUGGACGGGGGCUGGAUGGUUGACGUCAGACAGGAUACGGAGGAGGACCCAGAGAGAGGCCACCAGAUGGUGCUGCUUCGUAGACUCUGUCUGCCCAUGAUGUCCUUCCUGUUGCAGACAGUACUGCAGAGAACACAACGCCACCAGGAGAGUCUCAGACUGGCUGAUAUCAUCGCCUCAGACCAACACCGCCUCUACGAGGUGUUCUCCAAGGAUGAGCUGAGGAAGUUCCUUCAGAAGAUGAGGGAGUCGUCUCUUCUCUUAUUGGAUAAGGGUCUAGACCCGCUGGGGUGAAUCCAACCAUAAAUA